CAAAGCUAUUACCACUUCUCAGAUUUUAAGUUUUCUUUUCUCGCUUCAAAGAAUCGAUCUCUCACCAAGUUAUUGCUGAGUUCUCAGAUUUUCCCUAAAAGCUCUCAGAAGAAUAAUCAUUCUAUUUUAAUGGCGGGACAAGAGUUGUACUUCGAGAAGUUUCUAGGAAAGGGCUCUUUCGGUUCGGUGAGUCUCUACAAGUACAAAGGACGACACGACGGCAAGACCCAUUACGCCGCCGCGAAAACCUCCGACCAUAAACACUCCGAGUCUCUCUACAGAGAGUUUCAAAUCAUGUCUGAACUCAAAGGAUGUCCGAGAAUCGUCCAGUGCUACGGGACCAAAGUGCAAGAGAGAUUUAACGAAGAAGGUUGCUUGGAGUACAAGAUUCCCAUGGAGUACGCACCUGGAGGAAGCUUGAAGAGUUUCGCUAACCAAUUCGAAGACAAGAAGCUGCCUGAUGCUCUGGUCAGAGAUUUCACUCGUAUGCUUCUAGAAGGCUUAGCCGACAUCCACGGACGCGGGUACGUUCACUGCGAUCUCAAACCAGCAAAUAUCCUCGUAUUCCCGAGUAGUUGCGUCAACAAGAAGGGUGCGUGGAUAACGUCCCACGAAUUGAAGAUUUCGGACUUCGGGUUGACGAGAAGAGAUGGAGACACUAGCUGGUGGCAACCUCAUCGUCCCUUUGCCGGAACAGCCAGCUACAUGUCUCCGGAGUCGAUUUUUCACGGAGAGACGGGGAAAGGCCUUGACUUGUGGUCUUUGGGAUGUACUGUACUAGAGAUGUACACGGGGAAAAGACCUUGGUGGCAUACAGACUACAAACUGAAGUAUCUCAAGAACCGCCACGGGCCGUUGAUCCCGAGAGAUCUUCCUUUUGAGGCAAAACUCUUUCUGAUGACGUGCUUCUCCCCGGAGGCAGAUGAUAGGAAAGACGCAUCGACUUUGUUGAGUCAUAUCUUCUUGCGUAGUGGAGAGGUCAGUAAGAUCAGAGAGUCGUCUCCUAUGAAUGCCAAGACUGGUUGUAGUAGUAAUCCAGGGAAAAUCACUAUGGACUUAGAGAAACUUAGACAGAGGCUUUCGGAUAUGAGGUCUUUUUGUUUUUAGAUUCGUGGAAAAACCCAUAACCCCGUCAUUGUUCAGCUCAAGUUUUUAUUUUUGAUUAGUAGAGUUAUGUAACAGUUUUUUUUGGUAUAUCACUGAAUUGUAAGUCCGUGCAAGAUUAUCUCUGUUACUCUUCAAGUCUUGGUUAAGUAAA